AUGCGGGCUCCUUGGGAAUUGCGUUGUAUAUGCUGGUGUUUAUCCUGGCUUUUUACAGCUUUCGGUUUCCCUUUUGAAAGCAAUCUUACCGAAUGGGUCCGGCAAGCGAACGCCACGGCGCUCGGUUGCGAGGGACACAUGUUGACACUCUCAUGCGCUGGACAGGAAGAAGGACUAAAGAUCAACUCAGCGUUCUGGGGAAGGAACGAUUUGAAAACCUGUAUACCUGACAAGCCUAGGGAGCAAAUGAAGAUGUGUCCUCCAGUGGAACCUCUGUAUGCUGUGAAGAAGCUGCGUCAUGUUUGCGAAGGGCAGCCAACUUGUGGCUUCCCUGUGUCCGAUGCGUUCUUUGAGAAACCAUUGUGUCCUGGCGUGUCGAAAUUUCUGAAGGUUGUAUAUGACUGUAGAAUGAUGAGCGGAAUGGGCGCAAAAUAG